GUUAUUCACAUUGAUUUGGCAAUUAUAAUUGAAUGUUCAUUUAAAAUUUAUAUCUUACUACUAGAAGUCAAAAAGUGAAAUUGAGUAUAAGACCAUAAUACUAUAAUAUUAUGGCUUACUAUAAUAUGCCUAUUGCUGAAUAUGUAUACCCAAAUCAUUUCAAAGAAAUGGAUUUUACUCAAGAUGUUUAUUUAGAAUUUACAAACAAAAUAAAUACCAAGGAUCAAUUUAUAUACGUCUACGGCUUACUACAACAACAUGAUUGGUUACCCAAAAAAUCAGAUUGUUUCAUUAAACUAUCACAGGCACACAGACGAUGGAGAAAACAUCUAAAAAAAAAACUUCAAAAAUUAGGAGUCUUUAUUAAUAUGGAUUGUUCCUCAGCAAAUAAAAAUAAUGACAUUUCAGAUUUGUAUAGAUUACGUGGAAAUGACGAAUUUAAAAUUAAAAAUUAUGAGGAAUCACUAAAAUGUUACACUCGAGGUAUGAUGUUAGCAGAAAUCGACUCGCCUAGUUUUGCUUUAUGUGUGGCAAAUUCUUCUGCUGCUUUAUAUUAUUUAGAGGAAUAUGAGCGUUGCUUAAAGUGUAUUGAUCGUGUAUUGACAUUCAAAAAUUAUCCAUUGUCGAAUAAAAUAUUUAUGUUGUUAGAAAGAAAAGGCAAUUGUUAUCGACAUAUGAAUCAUCAAACUUUGGCUUUAAAAAUGUUUUCAAAUUGUUUACUACAAUUGAAUAGUACUUCUCAAAUGUCUUUGGCUGAAAAAGAAAAAACGAAAUUAAGAAUAUCUAAUUACAUAAAAAUGUGUGAAGAAACUAAAGUGAAUAAAGUGAAUAUCAAUCAUAAGGAAACCAAAAUUAUAAGUUUUUCUGGACGCGAAAAUAAAAAAAAUUCCAUCCAAACAAAAUUUGUCGAAAUUAAGUAUUCAAAAGAGAUGGGAAAAGGAUUAUUUGCAUUAAAUUACAUUAAACCCGGUGAAAUACUUAUAAUUGAAAAACCCAUUGCGGGUGUAUUUAAAAAUGAUGCAUGGGCCUUAAAUUGCAAUUAUUGUUUUAAAAGAUGUUUAUCUGGCAUACCAUGUUCCACGUGUGUACAGGUUUUAUAUUGUGAUGAGAUAUGUUUACAAAAAGCUUUCAAGAGUUAUCAUGAUAUCGAAUGCUCUUUAGUCUGCCCCCUCAAAGGGGAUCCAACUAUUGAACCCACUUACGAUCUAGCCUUACGUUGUUUUAUACAGCUAACAAACACCAUGGGUAUAGAUCGUUUUUGUUCAAUGGUUCGAGAAUAUACUGCAUCAAAAUUUAUUAUCGCUGAGAGCGACGCAUUUUUUAGGGAUAUGUUUUACUCGGUCUAUGCACUAGACGGAAAUGAAACAAAAAGAACAACAUCUAAUUUUUUUUUUAUGCAUUGUACUGCAUCAAUGAUGGUUUCGUUACUACUAUUAAAUGAAUACAAUAUACCACAUGAAUUGAUAGGUGAUGUUGGCGUAUCAUUAGUACAUUUGCUGUGUAUAACUAACUUGAAUUCCUACGCGUCCGUUGAGCUUCCUAAGUACAUCGGCGAGCAUAGCAAUGUUGUCGAGUUUGAUAAAUCUGGGACUUUUAACACCGUCGCUCUUAUUUUAUGCUCUGCAUAUAGUUUGAUUAAUCAUUCGUGCAAUCCAAACGUUAUUGUUCAAACGUAUGGCGGAAUAGAGGUAACUCGGGCCUUACAACCUAUUUCAAAAGGAUCUCAGCUGUUUACUGAUUAUGGAGUCAAUUUUAUGUCACAUAAUAAAGUAGAACGUAAUAAACAUUUACUGGAUCAAUAUAAAUUCUCUUGUCAAUGCCUGGCUUGUAUGGACGAUUGGCCAAUGUACACAUCACUGGAACACGAUGACUUAAGUUUAAAUAAUCUCACACUAUAUGAUGCUGAUAAACCAUUUGGUAUUCCAAGUACAACUUUAAAAAAAUUCAACGAGAUUGUAUACUUGUUAUUAACAAAGCAUAAGAUUAAUGUAGAUUAUUUGGAAUUUUUAUUUUCGUUUUUAGAUGUAUUAGACUCAAAUUUAAAAAAACCGUGUUUCACUUAUUACAAAUGUAUUCAAAUAAUUCAAAGGUGUUUAUAUUACACUUCAGACCAAAUACAUUGUGUAAUUGAAUAA